AACGAGUGAUUUAAGAAGCCUUACAAAAAAUGGCUGUUCCGGUGAUCGACUUGUCGAAGCUUGAAGGCGAGGAGAGGGCGGCGACAAUGGCGGAGAUAGCCGUUGCUUGCGAGCAGUGGGGCUUCUUCCAGUUGGCGAACCAUGGCAUUCCGUUAGAUCUUCUCGAUCGAGUUAAGAAGGUUUGUUCGGAGUGUUAUAGGGCGGAGAGAGAAGAGGGUUUCAAGGAUUCCAUGGUUGUUCAGCUUCUCAAUGACUUCAUCGACAGUGGAGAAGUUGGCAAGACAUUGGAUGAUGUCGAUUGGGAAGACGUUUUUCUCCUGCAGGAUGACAACCAUUGGCCAUCCAACCCACUUCAGUUCAAGGAGACGAUGAAAGAAUACCGAUCGGAGCUGAAGAAGCUGGCAGAGAAGAUGCUGAACAUUAUAGAAGAAAACCUCGGCCUCAGCAAAGGGUACAUCAAACAGACCUUCUCAGGCAACGGGCAAUACAAUCCCUUCUUCGGCACAAAAGUAAGCCACUACCCGCCCUGCCCGCGUCCGGACCGCGUCAGCGGCGUUCGGGAACACACCGACGCCGGAGGACUCAUCCUCCUCUUCCAAGAUGAAAAGGUCGGCGGCCUUCAAGUGCUAAAGAACGGGCGGUGGAUGGAGGUGCAGCCACUCGCCAACACCAUCGUCAUAAACACCGGAGACCAGAUAGAGGUGAUAAGCAACGGCCGUUACACAAGCGCGUUGCACCGCGUUCUCGUGUCGGGGAAUUGUAACUACAACCCUGCGGUGGAGGCGGUGAUAGAGCCGGCGGUGCUUGGCGGCGACGGCGACGAAGUAAGCAAAGUGUAUCCAAGGUUCCUGUUUGGGGAUUAUAUGGAGGUUUAUGCCAAGCAAAAGUUCAUGGAGAAGGAGGUCAGGUUUCGGGCUAUGGGGAUUAAUUAAUGAAUGUUUGCAUAAUUUGUUGAUUAUGUGUAUUAGUUUGGCUUGUAAGGAGACUUAUUUAUUAUAUGUUGUUAUCUAGUUGAUAGCAAAA